AACCAUAUCCAAACUCAAACAUUCUUUUCUUGUCCAUUUUUUCCUAAUAAAACUAAACCCUCUUUCACUAAACACACACACAGUGUAACUAACUCUGUGUUUUGUCUCAAUAAGCCUCUCCCUCGUAUCCCCAUCAGCUUUUCUCUUAUCUUCUUCUGGUCCUCACCUCUCUCUCUCAUCUCUCUCUCUCUCCAAUAUGGCCAAACCCUAGAUCUGUCCCCCCAGAGCUUUCCGUCUUGAUAGUACUUAAGUGCCCAUUUCGAGAUUCUUGGUUUUGAGAUUUUUGAAAUUUUAAGUAGGGGUGAAAUGAGUGGCAGUUUAGUAUCAGUUGCGGUGGCCGGAGAUGGAAUCCGGUCACCUUUCACGGCAGUGCAAUGGCAGGAGCUGGAGCAACAAGCACUGGUGUAUAAGUAUUUGAUGGCAGGGUUGCCCGUGCCACCGGAACUUGUUGUUACUAUUCAGAGGAGCUUGGAGGCUUUGUCUGCUCGGUUUUUUCAGCACUCCCCCUUGGGCUAUUGCUCUUAUUAUGGGAAAAAAUUUGACCCUGAGCCGGGUAGGUGCCGCAGGACUGAUGGAAAAAAGUGGCGAUGCUCCAAAGAUGCUUAUCCGGACUCCAAAUACUGCGAGCGACACAUGCACCGUGGCCGCAACCGUUCAAGAAAGCCUGUGGAAUCUCAAUCUACUUCACAUUCAAUGCCGAUUGCGAUGCAGCACAUAACUACUGGCUGCAGCGGUAGUGGUGGAAUCUUUCAAAGUAGUAAGAGUGGAAUUUUACAAAACUUGCCACCCUAUCCAACCGUUAAAUCAGAGACUUUAUGUUACGGAAGCAAUCUAUCCAAGUUGCAGAUGGAACAACCACCUCCUUGUGGUAUAGCAGACAAAGAGUACAGGUAUCCCCAGGGACCAACUACUGGUGCAGAUGAGCAUAAUUCACCUGUAGUUGCGGGCACUGUCAGGGGUCUUGGGAUGGACACUAAUAUGAACACUGCAUGGCAUCUGAUGCCAUCCCAAGUUGAAUCAAGCUCCUUGCUGAAACCAAGAAACGAUUCUAAUCUGCAAGGGAACUCUAAUAUGCAUGUGCCUCAAGCUUUUGAACAUGAUGAUGCUACAAUGACAAAUCAGCGACAACAGCAUUGCUUCUUUGGCAAUGAUAGUAGUUCACUAGACCCUGGGAAACAAGAGCAUCCUUCCACACUUCCUUUUUUAGAUGAGUGUCAAAAAUCCAGAGAAUUGUGGCCUCAAACCGAUGACAGAUGUAAUAAAAGUGCAUGCUCCACCACUCAGCUAUCAAUCUCCAUUCCAGUGGCUCCCUCAACAUAUUCUACAAGGAUUGGUUGCUCCCCAGAUGAUAUUCGGACAGGCUGAUGAUCAUCAAGACCCCAAGCUGAGGGCAAGACACUCUACUUCUUCACUGGUUUAAUCCUUAGAUAAUGUGUGCAUUUACUUUCAGAGGGGUUGUGUCCUCUGCAGCUAAACGUUUUCGUUGCUGUUGGUUUGUAAACAUUGCUUGAUCUUAAGAAGCUGCCUUGACACAAAAACUGUUUUUACAUUUAUUCCACAAUAAAUGUUUGUACCAGAAAAUUUAGUGAUUGUAGGACUGUUUCCUUAUCAUGUCUGUUGUUCUGGCAAAUCAUUUUGACAGAGAGUGUGAAAAUGUACUCUCUCUUUUCUUUUC